AUGUCGCUAGCAAAGGCAGUCGUUCGCCAGGCGGACAUGGAUCCUCUCGAGGUUGAAUUCUUCAUCAACGAGGCCAUGCAAGCUCUCGAGGCGUGCCCGACAGAACAGGCCAUGGCGACGUAUCUCAAGCAGCAGGCUGUCAAGCGCGGCGGCGGAGUCGGAGGUAGCGCUGCUUGGCACAUCGUGGUUGGUCGGAACUUUGCCUCGAAUUUGACUCACGAAACUGACCAUUACCUUUAUUUCUAUAUCGGCCAAACAGGGUUCUUAAUCUGGAAGACUCCUUGA